AUGGCACGCCAGCGACGCUCACCUGAUGCAGACGAAUCUGAUUCCUCUUUUUCACCAGAGAUUGGGAGCUGCUUUGACGAACAUGAAGCGGAUCUGUCUGGUGACGAAACGGAGGCAACGGAGGCAACGGACCUUGACGUAUUGGAAAAUGAUGAUCUGGACGUUGAAGACCAAAUUCAACUCUUUGGUGGAAAUACACAUCCACCCGAAUAUUACCGGCGAGGCAUAGAAGAAUUCAAUGAAAGCACCUUUAUUGGUGAGGAUUACAGCCCAGGGAGUACAAUACUUUUCGACGCUAUAGAGCUGCAGUGGCAGCAAUUUUGCAAUGAGGUUCUCUCGCGUAACCCUCAGGCGUGCUUCGAGUCGAUCUCUAUAGGUAUCCUCUAUAAAUUCUUUGAAUGGCGGUUGAACCAGAAGGCGGGCAAGGACGGUAGAAAAUUGAGAGGCACUACAAAGAGCUCCUCGUUGGGCACAGCCUGGAAGGUCUUCCGACUCAUAUAUGAGAGGGCUAUUGGUACGAAGCUCGAUCCAAAAUUGAAUCGCAAUAUGCACAAGGUCCUCCGAGAGCUUGCGAAAAAACACGGACUAAGCGACCAGAAAAGAGCUAAUCGCUGCAUGACUAUCAACGAUUUGAAGGAACAGAUCGAGACGACGCUUAGCACCACAAAGAAAUCGUUUGAUCUAGGAGAGCACCGGAUUCUGGCUGUGCUUUUUCUCCUCCUAUUGGCCCCCGCAGGCUCUCGCCCUACCUCCAUUCUACGGCUUCGCUUUGGGGACAUCCGAGUGGCUUUGGCGAGAAAUCCGGAAGGUGGACCGCACAAUAUCUUAAUUCGGUUCACGUUGGAGUUCACAAAGUCAUACCUCGGUACUAAGGAUGCCAAAACAUUUACCAUCCCUGAGAUGAUGUUCGAUCCAUCUUUGCUCCUUAGUCCCCACGCCUUUCUGCUGGGCAUUUUAUUUCGUCACCAAGCAUUCCGCGCAUGUCAGCUCACCUCUCCUAGGCAAUUAGAUGAGUUGGACAUACAUCCAGGCGAGCGUGAACUACCUUUGCCUCUAAGAAGUGACCUAAAGGAGGUGUGCAUAUUCCGUCGCGCUGUUAAAACAUUGACAGGGUACGAGAUGUCAACAAAGACCAUCACUAAAGGCAUGAUUGCCGGCUGGAUCAAAAGAGUGGGUGAGAUCAUGGGACUUCAGUAUGAAACAAUACCUUACAGUCUGCGCUAUAAUGCAGCCAAUGAGUUUGACCAAAGUCCCGACAUGAGCGAGGCACUUCGGAACUUGUCUCUUGACCACGCCAACUCCGUCCCUUUCCAGAAACAUUACCUUGGUCGCAUUGUCCGUGCGGACCCAUGGGCUAUUAUCCGUCGCGAAAAACCACAGCAGGCACUUAUUGACCAAGCUUGCAGCAUUGGACACUCUGUGAGCAAACGACGGCCAACAGGCCUCACGGCUGAGCAAACAGCGUCUGUCGCGUCAGAUUCUCAUGUUCGACGGCUCACAAUCCAACUACGAAAAUUGCGCCCAGGGUCCGAAGAGCACAAGAAGACCCACCGCGCGUUACGAUCAUUAAAACAGAAGUUAAAAAGGGAAUUAAAACAGAAAAUCCGAGACGACUGGACGGACGAACAAGCCGUGGACGAUAUCGAACGUCAACUCCAAGGUAAAGGCUUUGCCGAACCAGUGGUGGAUCAUACAAUACGUCCUCAGCGACCGGCUCAGAAGUUGCUGAUGGAGGCGCUUAUACGUCCGGUCGGGGAUACUCUUGAGGGGCAGUACAAUCGAAGGGAUAAGGCGAUUGAUGCCAUAACCGCAUAUUGCAGCGUCGAGGAAGGGGCGACCGUUCGCCGUAGUUAUCUGCAGCCUACGCCAACGGGCUCGCGUAAUGAACCUCGUGAGCCGUCGGAAGAUGGCGCUCUAUUCCUAGCUACUAUGUCUGUUUUCAUUGAGCAUCCCAGUCAAAGGCCAAGAAGAUGUUUCCUGUGCGUUGGCGCUGCGCUUUCAUUGCCGCCGGAUGACCCUCGUGUGGAGGACAAGAUCCAGGAGUUUUACACCUCUGGUGAUUUGAGCAAACACUUUCGUCGGAGACAUCUCUCGCAAUUGGGAGACAACGAACGGCCGGUGUGUCAAGUCUGCAACAUGACUCUCGCACAUAAGAUGCAUCUGAGAAAUCAUGCUAUUUCAGUUCAUGGAACAGUCCCAUGA